AUGAGAUCUUAUCUUUUUGGACUUUUGGUUUUGAUUGCUUCCUUAGCUGUUCUCGUCAUCGCAGCUCCAGCUCCACAAACCACCAAAUCUCCAAAUAGCAAGCAAAACACCAACCUUCCAAAGAGCAAGCAAAACAACACCCCUCCAAAGAGCAAGCAAAACAACACCCCUCCAAAGAGCAAGCAAAACAACACCCCUCCAAAGAGCAAGCAAAGCAACACCCCCACCCCUCCAAAGAGCAACAACUCUACAUGUUUCCAAAAAGACAACGCGAUACAAGCUGAGAAUCUCCAAAAGAAAUUUGAUACUUUAACCACGAGUUCUCCAUGUAAUCCCGGCGAAAACGCUUGUAUUAACGGUCAAUUCGCUCAAUGCUCUGAUACCAAGGAAGAUCAAGCUGCAAGAAUCAAAGAGGGAAAAGCUGCCUGUCCAUAA